ACUAAAUUCCCUCCUUCCCUCGUUUUCUGCUCUCCCCGCUUUUUUAACCCCCCUCUCUCUUCCUCUCUCUCUUUCUCUCUUCCCCCCAAAACUCAGAUCCCAUUCUCCCUCCUUUCCGCCUCUUCAAACUCUCCAAUUCCUGCCCUAAUUUCCCUCAAUCUUUCCCCGUCGAUCGUUUGAGUAGUGAAGCGUGCCUCCGAGACCUCUCGAUCCAGUCUCUCGAAAUCGGCGUUGAAAACGCACCAGAGAGGGUUUGAUUGAUUCAUCCUUCGCAGAAUCGGAAAAAAGUCCUUCCUUCUUUUUUGUAAUAUUUUUUGGCGGUAUUUCAUGUCUGGCGCCCGAGCUUCCAAUCGCUCGGCGCAGCCGUCGGGGCAGAUCCUGCAACCUCUGAAACGUCACCUUCCGUUCUCAUCGACGAAGCCGCCGUUUGUUCCUCCUGAUGACUAUCACCGGUUCUCCGGAGAUAAUCGUAGAGUUGCCAAUGAGGAAGCCGAAGCUAUAGUUGUUAAAUCUCCGCCACUGAAGCGGAAGAGUGAAGCAGAAGACUGUGAAGGUGAAUCUAGUGAGUGGACUACCAGUCCUGGAUACACUGAAGUGGUUAACAGCCCCCUCCGGACGCCUGUAUCAGGAAAAGGGGGAAGGGUAUACAGCAAAUCAAAGGUCCCAAAGCAUGGUAGAUCCGGGCCUCAAACCCCUGUGUCAAAUGCAGGUUCCCCUUCUGGCAAUACUCUGACUCCAGUUGGUACUUGUCGUUAUGACAGCUCUCUGGGUCUCUUGACUAAAAAGUUCAUCAAUUUGAUCAAACAUGCAGAAGAUGGUAUUCUUGACCUGAACAAAGCUGCUGAUACAUUGGAGGUACAGAAGAGGCGGAUAUAUGACAUAACAAAUGUAUUGGAAGGAAUUGGUCUCAUAGAGAAGAAGCUUAAGAACAGGAUACGCUGGAAGGGGCUUGAUGUCUCAAAGCCAGGAGAAGCUGAUGAUGAUGUUGCAAAUUUGCAGGCAGAAGUUGAAAACCUUUCCCUGAAGGAGCAAAGAUUAGAUGAUCGUAUAAGAGAAAUGCAAGAAAGAUUGAGGGACCUGAGUGAAGAUGAAAACAAUCAAAAGUGGUUAUUUGUAACUGAAGAAGACAUCAAGGGCCUACCCUGCUUCCAGAAUGAGACUCUGAUAGCAAUUAAAGCUCCACAUGGGACCACCCUAGAAGUCCCAGAUCCUGAUGAGGCUGUUGAUUAUCCACAAAGGAGAUAUAGAAUAGUCCUCAGAAGUACCAUGGGUCCUAUUGAUGUUUAUCUUGUCAGUCAAUUUGAAGAGAAGUUUGAAGAAAUGAAUGGUGUUGAAGCACCUCAAAGCCUACCACUUCCAUCAAGCUCAGGUUCUAAUGAGAACCCAGCAGCAAUAACAGUCACUGAGGACAACAGUGGGAGGGAGAUGGAAUUGCAAGGAAAUGAUGCUCAUAGAAUAUACUCGGAUCCAAAUGCCUCACAUGAUUUUGUCAGUGGGAUCAUGAAGAUUGUUCCCUCAGAUGUUGAUAGUGAUGCAGACUAUUGGCUUUUAUCGGAUGCUGGAGUUAGCAUCACAGAUAUGUGGAAGACUGAGCCUGGAGUUGAAUGGGAUACAGUUGAUCCCCUUCAUCCUGAAGAGUUUGUAAUGGCUGAUGUCAGCACACCACGGCCACAAACUCCACCAUCUGGUGUUAUUGAAGUGCCAUCUUCUAAUUCUAUUCAGAGGUGAGUGGGUAUUGCUAGUGGAUGGAAUCAGAGAGCUAAAGUCUGUACUUUAUUAGAAUCUCUCAUUUUCGCCCAUCUCCCUUGUAUUUUACUGAUGCAACCCUGCCGUUUGGGAUUUAUUUGCACCCUUGGGUUGCCAAGUAUAUGACUAUAUGUUGCCAACUUACUGUAAGAAUCUAGAGAAUAGGAAGAUGGAAGAUAGCUGGUCCAUUGUACAGUAUAUUUGAUCAUGUGAUUCAGUAACAAAUAAAAUUGAAAUCUUUAUUGUUC